AUGAUCGUCAACCUCUCGAGUAUCACUACUGCCGAGGAUGCGCAGUCCCUCAUCCGUCAGCUACAGGAAGUGUGGCUCUUCGGACAGCUCAACACUCUAGAAGAUAGCAAAGCACAGCGCCAGACGGACGAAGACGCCAAGGCUAUCGCAGGGCUUUUACAGCAGCUUACACAGCUACAGCAAGGCACUGUUACCGACGGACUCGCAGCGUCCAAUAAGAGGAAUGUGGCCGUGAACGGGGCAUGA